UUUACCAAAACAACGUGUUGUUAUUAAAUUAAGUUAUGGUUUUGAUAUCUGAUGCUUUUGGCUUGGAUGUUUCCAAUAAUGGCAUAUUGGUUGGCCAUGGAGAUCAAGCGGUGUUAUACAGCUCAACAACAAAAGCUGAACUGCCGGUUUGCCUGCGUGAAGGAAACGUCCGAGGGUUUGCGUGGAGUUCUUUAGGUCAAUCCAAAAGAUUAUUAUUGCUGUUUAGCGAAAAUGAGUACUCGCUAAUUAAGUGCACCUCCAGUUCUGAGAAAGAUCAGUUUCAACUCCUUUACGAGGGUGAGACUAAAGACUGGAUUAAUACUGCCGAGUUCCUGGAUGAAAAUGCAACAGAUGCUAGGAAACGAUUUGUUCUGCACACAUCGCAUAGUGCCCUUUUAUAUUUGGAAUACGAUCUAACGAGUGCAAGCUGCAAAGUUCUGGAAUUAGGACGGUGUACCGACAGUUCCAUUCUUUAUUACACUAAAUUGCACGGCAAUUGCUAUGAUCAACUGGCCAUAAUAAGCGGAAAUGCCUUUGGAGAACUAUUGGUUUGGCAAACAAUGUUGCCCAUAGAAUCUGAUACAAAAACGAAUAUGAAAACAUAUCCGUUACUAUUGCGUCUACAAGCACACAAUGGAGUCAUACAUUCCAUUGAUUUUAACUUGGAAUCACAAUUAUUGGUAACAACAUCAGAUGAUCGUUCGGUAAAGUUUUGGAACAUACAAAAAUCUGGAGACUGGACCACCGCCGAAAUUAAACCAAUAUUUAGUUGCUACGGACACACUUCACGUGUUAUGUGUGUUUCAAUUUUUAAAAGUGAUGGCAAAAUACUUGUGGCCAGCGGAGGUGAAGAUUCGUAUGUCUGCAUUUGGAGUACUUCUGGUGAAUUGUUAUUAAAACGUCGUCAACAUUUUGGAGCGCCUAUAUGGAGACUGGGUUUCAGUAAGGAUGCGAAUACCCUUUAUAGUACCAGCUCUACUGGUAAUGUAUUCGGUCAAAAUCUUAAAGAAGCCCUUGAUCGAUCCAGAAAUAUCCCUACUAUAUUAAAUAGCUUAGGCGAUGACAAUGAGUUUGUCCGAAAUCUAAAGUUUGUAAAUGAUGAGAUAAUUGUCGGUUUAAGUAGCUCAAACCUAUUGUAUUAUACCCAAAUAUUGCCAGAUUCUUCACAUACAAACAUUUGGCUUCCAGUUAAAGAGUUUCCCUCUUAUAAACGUACAGUUUUAGAGGUCUUUGAUAACAUAAUUGUCACCUGUGGUCAUAGGCGAAUAACACUGCACAGAUAUAAUCCACUUACAAAUAAUUUCGAGCAACUUUUUGAUGGCACCAGAAUGAAGGGCACCAUACGCUCAUUUCAUUUCUUAAGUAAAGAUUAUUAUCUUGUCUCUGAUAAUUUGGGUUACUGCUUAUUGCUGAAGAGCCACCAGCUUUCUAUAGAUUCUCAUAUUGCACUGUUCAAUAACCGUGAACCGUGGAUAACAGCGGCAUUGCUAAUUUCCGAAAAGUAUCUUUUGUUGGGCAAUCGUGAGGGCCAUGUCAUGCUCUACUAUCGUAGUAGUAAUGAAAACCCCUUUGAAUUAAAAGAUACAAUCAAACAUUUACACGGCAAAAUGGGUUCUAAUUUCUUUAAGUUGAUAAAUCUUAAUAAUAAUUAUGCGCAAGUUAUGAGCGGUGGUCAUGAGGAUUUCCUUAAAUAUCUUCUUGUGAAUUUAUCGGACUAUAAUCUAUAUAUUAGUCAACGAGUGAGUGUUCCCUUAGCUUGGGUUGAAGCAUCUCCUUCAGAGGACUUGAUUUUAGGUUUUAAUGACAAUCACAUUGUCGCCUGGUCCCGACAAUAUGAUAUCCUUUUGCAAUUCGCUUGUGGCGGAGGCAAUCGGUGCUGGGAUUACCGUCUGGGUGAUAAUUCACUAUGUUUAGCCUAUGUCAAGCAAAAGCAAGUGUUUUUCUUUCGGAAUUCACUCUACAGUGGAGUUGCUAAUCAAAUUAAAGACAUAAAACCAAAUACUUGGCAUACACGCAAUUGCAAUAUAAUUCGUAUUCUUGAACACAAGAAUCAAUCGUAUCCUUUUAUUCUCUCCGCUGGUGAGGAUAAUAUUAUAAAAGUCACAAAAGUACUCAAAGAUUCAUUAUCUCAAUGUGCAGAAAUGCACUCUCAUAUCUCGACUGUUCGUAGUUUACAGGUGCAUUUAUAUAAAUCGGACAAAGAAUCGAGUACUUGGCUUGUUUUUUCAGUCGGAGGAAGAUCCCAGCUCUGUAUUAAUCAACUGAAUAUAGAUAUCUCGAAUAAUUGCAACGUAACCGAAUUGGCCAGCCAUUCUUUGCAUAAUGCAGCGUCAUCUAAGACUAGUACUAUAAAAGUCCGACUUAUGGCCAUCGAUAUUGCCCAGCAUUCUAAUGGGAGCUAUUUUUCAAUAUAUGUUGCCGGUGGUGAUGGAAACAUAAGCCAUUAUAUCUGGAAUUCAGAAAAUCCCUCCCAUCUCGACUUAAAGUUCUUUGUAGAUAUAAAAAGAUGCCCACUUAGCAUACAUUGGAUUGGAAACAAAGAAAUUUUAUUAGUUUCAACAACAAAUGGUGAAGUCUACGGCUUUGAUCAGACACUGCAACAUAUCCGUGUUCAGCUAAAGCUCCAUGUGACGGGCAUAAAUACCAUAGAUAUAUAUGUUCAUAAAAAUCUGUUGCAUAUAUUAUCCGGAGGGGAUGAUGAAAAUAUCAAAUAUACAGUACUUAAUUUAGAUAAUAAUAAUGUAGAAUAUAAAACUGAAUUCCUGGGUCUUCACAAUGCCCAAGUUAAUGCUUUAGCAAUACACUGUCCCACCAAAAUUAUUGAGGGAUCUGAAAUGUUUGCCUAUACUUGCAGUAUAGACAGACAGAUAUAUAAAAUAGACCUUGGAACGCAUAAAUAUAGUCGAGUUGGAUAUACUUGCAUAGCAGAUGUUAAGGGAAUGCUUAUUGAUGAUCACCAGCGAAUGUAUUUUUAUGGAUGUGGUUUACAAAUUUUAAAUAGACAAUAAGUUUAAGUAAAUAUUAAGAUUAUUGGGACCUCAUUGUGUAUAUUUGUUGAAUAGUGUUUAACGAAACCAGAACUGCCUUAACUGUCAUUCUUAAUGUGAAAACUUGAAAAGUUUCUGCCUACGUUGCGUUCUAAAAAAAAUAAAUAAAAAAUGUCUUGCAUAA